AUGGGUGCUGGACAGUGCGCAAACCUCAAUAAAGUUGUACCUCAAGAAGGGGAAUUGCUCGGCCCGUAUCUGGCAAACUGCGUUAUUAUGUCAUUUCUAAGUAUAACAUCUGUAAUAGGGAACGUAUUAAUCUUGGUUUCGAUUUGCAGAGCUCCUGAAUUUCUUCGCCAGCCAUCGUAUUUUCUCUUGCUCAAUUUGGCUGUUGCCGAUUUGUGCGUUGGGUUUAUAGCCGAACCUCUCUACGUGAUAUACAAAAUAUCUUAUUUAUUCAAUCCACUCUCUGUAAUGUCCUGUUACGCAGGGUAUGUGUUUAACCUAGUCUCUUUUCUUUUGACGUCGCUAUCGCUUUGGACCGCAGCAGCAAUUUCUCUGGAUCGAUUGAUGGCCCUUCAUCUUCAUUUGAAGUAUACCUCCAUCGUAACCAAGCAGAGAGUUGUUAUAUUGAUUGCUGUUUUGCUUGUAUUAAGCGUGGCUUUCGCUUCCAUGUUUGAAUGGGCCAUCGACGAGCAGAACACUGUGUUGGCGUGUGCGAACUCUCUCGCUUUGCUCAUCGCAUUGUUGUCUUACGUAAGGAUAUUCCAAAUCUUGCGCUACCAUCAACGACAAAUUUCUAGUCAUCAGGUUGGCGAAAUAUCAUCGUUCACCGACGGCGGGGAAAUGGACUCAACGGGUAUCUCCUUUCAGGGAGAGGACAUAAGGGAAAAACGAAGAGAAGCUACUAAAGACGUCAAUGGAAAUAGACGAAAUGAAAUGCGAAGCGAUAACGUACAAAUGGUGGACAAAGGUGAAGAUCAAAGACCUGACGGUGAAAAUCAUAUCAAGGACAACAAGAAAUUGCAGACGAAGGUAUCAUUUGUCUCCCGUGAGAAUCAUGGAUGCUUUUCUUCAAAAGAAGACUUGGAAAGUCUACGAGUAGGUGGUGAAAUGAACAUUGCUGAAGAUAAAGGUCAUGAAGAAGACGAGAUGCAUCUAAAAUUCGGGAGCACAAGUGCUCAACUUGGGAAAAGGACACUAGACCAUUCACGAGAAGAGGAAAUAGAUGUACAGAAAAUCGAGGAAGGAAAAGAAAAAUUAAUAAGAGUGGAAGUGAAUGAAGCGAGAAGGAAUGGAAAAAGAAGCAGUGAAAUGAACCACGAAUGCCCAAUCGAGAUGAAGGCUUUGAGUACUUUGCGAGCAGAUCGAAAUAAUACUCGAAACAAUCAAAUGAAAGGAGAAAAUUCCGUUGUCCCAGAGAAGCAUAACGAAAGCAGGUCAUCAGAGGGCGAAAUUAAUUUUAAGGGAUUUGAAAAAAAUCAGAAUCGUCUGUUAAUAACUGAAGCACCUUCCAUUAGACAGAUAACACAAGAAAGAUCACUUGAAAUGACUGCCAAAUGUGUCACCAUUGUUGGCCAUGGUAGGACCAAUACAGACGUCAACGAGCAAAGUGAUAUUAAUAUUGUCAAUAGAAGGAAAAAAUUUCAAAUGAGAAAGUUCAAGAAGUCGUUUUAUAACAUGUUUGUUAUAUGGUUUCUCAUGUUACUCUGCUAUUUACCCCUUAUAUGCACAUCUAUAUCGUUCCUAUUGAUUGGGCGUAGUUAUUCUAUGCACCUCGCGUUCAAUUUCACAACAUCUGUAAUGUUCAUGAAUUCUAGCAUAAAUCCUAUCUUGUUUUGUUGGAGAAUACGUGAGUUUCGCGCAGCUGUAAAGAAAACACUUAAAGAAGUGUUUGGAUUUCGGAGCAAUCGCGGUACCUGA